AUGUCAGCCAAAUAUUUGGGAGAAUGCUUCACGCAUUGCGUGGGCAUGUACGAUGUUGUGCAGAAGAGCAAGGACUUCAAAAGGAUCUCCCCAAGCACGAGAAAGUUGAUGGGUAUGGCCAGCAAGGAGAUGCAAGACCGCGUACAGGCUGCUGAGGAUCGUCUGGCUAGCUUCAGGUUCCAGGACAUAUACAUGUUCACCCCAGAAACUGUCUCGGAGAUGAAGGCGAUUGGUAGAUUGAAGGAAAUGUUUCUGCAGCAUUUCGAGGGCGAGUAUGGAUCUUGGCCUCCCGCGUCAUCAGCGCAACAGGAUAAUCAAUCGGCUGAUACCGCUGAGCCCGAGAGAUGGCUGAGUCGGACACUGGCGAUGAAGUUGCAAAAAGACUUUGGUGCGCUGUAUGACUGCCUGGUGGACCGAGACAUUGUCUGGGGCACGUUGGAACUACGAUCAAGGAGUAUGUUGACGCUGGCGUCCAAAACAACGAACAGAGCUCUCGCAUCGGAUACGGACCACUUGCCGAUAGCAGAUAUGCUCAUCGAGUUUGACAAGAAAUACUGUUUCCCGCACAUUCCUCAUCCAUAUCCUUUAUUGCCUGGGUCGAUUGACUCAUUUCGAAGAAACUUCUCCAAGAAGCGAACCGAUCACAUAGAUGCGUUGGAGAAGAGGAUACGGCUGGCCUAUGCUGAAAGUUACAAUGACAAUGAGAUGGAUAACGGAUUCAUUACCAACAGCCUUGUUCAGGCAUUCGAGCGCUUUGAAAAGGCCGACGAUAUCGGGAAUAUGAGUCCAGCGACAGCACGGCGCAGCCGUUGGAUUAUCAUAUACGGCAUCUUACAGUCACUGGCUUCUGUAUCUGUAGAUGAUGAGAGGGUGCAGUACAGCGACAAGGUCGAAUACCACUUGAGCCCAAGACUCGAGGGAGUAAAGAUACCACCAUGGAAACGGGGGCCGAACGAAAACAUUGGAGAGGGAGCGCACGAAAAGUCUUAUUGCUGGACAGAAGAGACGAACAGAAAAGAAGAGGAGGAUGAAUAUGUUGAUGAUAAUGAGGUUGCUUUGGAUCUCAUUAAUGACCUUGAUCUGCCGAUACAGAUGAACACGGAACAAGCGGUCGGAGGCCGGAGCACGGAGACGAGUGGAUCCAUCAGCACAGACACGGACUUGAGCAGAGGUUUUCGUCCAGGGUUCGAAGAGAAGAGGACUCGGAGAGACCGACAGAAUGAGAGUCCAGUAGUGACGGAUUACCUGUAUACUUAA